CUUUUUGUUUUGCAAUUUUAUUUUACUUUUUUAUAAGUUAAAUGCUUGUUUAAAUUUUCACAAAAUAAUGGAUCAACUAUAUGUGGAGAUUGAGCUAAGCACAGAGCAUGAGGAAACUAUAAUCUACACCACCGUGCCUUCGUUUCUAGCGCUUUAUACUUAUAGAUAUGCUUAUAAGCAUAAGGAAUUCCAAAACAUAAAAAUCAACUUUGUGGCAAGCAAAAUUAUCACAGGAAAAAUCCGUUUGCGCAGCUCCCACUUGAAGCAGGAGUUGACGGAGCAGCAUAUAACAUGCCGAGAAGCAGCAACGCUGCCUGCUUUGAAGGAUCUGCGGCUGCCCAUCUUUGAACGUCAGGAUAAACUCUUUAUAGCUGGCACCUGUGCGGUUUGUCGCGAGAUUAUAGCACGUCAACCCAAUGAAGAGCUGCGUGAGCUACUUGGCUUCAAAGCUUCUUGUCUGCUGGCGCCUGCCGAAGCAUCUAUAUGGACACGCUACUGCGAGGUGGAUGUGGUUAACUUGGUAAGCCAACUGCAGCUGCAAGGCUUAAACAAUCAGGAGGUGCCUGUAGAAGUGGUGCGCUUUGAGCAGCAUAUGAAUCAACCUGUGCGCAUGCAUAAUAUUUAUAAAUUGGCUAGAGAGCAGGCAAAUCAAGGUCUUAAGCGCAAGGAGCGCGUGCUGAUAGAAUGCAGCACACCGAAGGAACAGCUGCUGAUUGAGCAUCGUUUUGCCGAGGGCAUUAGCUUUACCAUAGCCGAUCUCAUACUAUAUCCAUUGCUUAGCUUGGUUUUUGAGCAUUGUCCACAGAUGCUGCUGCAUUUUCCGCUCACCAAUACAUGGUUUGCUGAGUUGCACAGCCACACGCACUGCCGCCGCAUACUCCAUGAGCUCUAUGCAUCGCGACAGCAUCUCUGCAAUGAUGCUGUUGCUCCGCCACUUAGCAUACCCGACUGCGAGGAAAGUAGUCUUUACAAGGCGGAUCCCAAACGUUAUCGUCCCCGCAAUCGCAUCUAUACUAGUCAAAGCGAAGUGGAUGCAGCUCUAGCCAAACUUACACCACUGCAAAUCAAGUUCAGCGCCGACUCGGAGCACAGCUAUGGCGAAGAAUUAAUUGACUGGCAGCUAAUAGAGCCCAGCCAUGCCAAAAGCUCAGCUUUGCCAGCGCAGCGCUUAGCACGCAAGCGUCAACAGCUGGAGAAUAUGGCCAAUGCAGUCGUUUCCCUAGCUCAGCCCGGUGAUCGCAUUAUAGAUUUCUGUAGCGGCACAGGCCAUUUGGCCAUAUUGCUGGCACUCAAGCUGCCCCAAUGCACAGUCAUUGUGUUGGAAAACAAGGCGUUCUCCUUGGUACAUGCUCAGAAGCGCGCAACGGAGCUGAAGUUGAGCAACUGUCUCUUCUAUCAAUCCAAUAUAGAUUACUUUAUUGGACGCUUUGAGGUGGGUACAUCGCUGCAUGCCUGUGGCACGGCUACAGAUAUAGUGCUGCAGCAAUGUCGUCGCGUAAAUGCUAGCUUUGCCUGUUGUCCCUGCUGCUACGGUUCUCUGCAACCCAUGCCGCACAUCGCUUAUCCCUUAAGUGCGCGCUUCCGUGAGGUAAUCGAUACAAAGGAUUAUUUGUAUAUAGCACAUACGGCGGAUCAAGCACAUGAGCUGGGCACUACAAACUGCAAGCCGGAGAUAACACAACAAGGCUUGCACUGCAUGUGUAUUGUGGACACGGAUCGCAAGCUGCAGGCAGAGGAGGCUGGGUAUCAGGUGAUAUUGACACGUCUGAAGCCGGAACAAUGCACGCCCAAAAAUCAUUUGCUGGUCGGACGCUAUACGCGCUAAGCUGACUUUACAUAUUUAUAAAUCUGUAUACUGCCUGAUCCAAAAAAAUAAAUAUAUAUUAUUUUUCUA